UGUGCGUUCUGUAAUAUGACUCCCCCGGAAACUGCAUCAUCGUUACUUGGUUCCACUAUCGCCAGAGGCCUUCCCCGACUGGCAGGGAAGUCCGGUGGCGCCGGUCGGAGGAAGAGGCCGCCCUCGCCGUUUGUGGUCCUCGCGGCAGGCGGGAGGCGAGCGUACUCUCGAAAGCCUACGGCUCCUGCGACCCCUCUUACCAGCGCAAUGGCAGUCCCAGGUUGCAACAAGGACAGUGUCCGGGCAGGCUGUAAAAAAUGUGGCUAUCCUGGUCAUCUGACAUUUGAAUGCCGCAAUUUUCUCCGAGUAGACCCCAAAAGGGACAUAGUUUUGGAUGUGAGCAGCACAAGUAGUGAAGAGAGUGAUGAAGAGAAUGAAGAACUGAAUAAAUUGCAGGCAUUACAAGAAAAAAGAGUAAAUGAAGAAGAGGAGAAGAAAAAAGCAAAAAGCAAAGAGAAAAUCAAGUUGAAAAAAAAAAGAAAAAGGUCUUAUUCAUCCAGUUCCACUGAAGAGGACACUUCAAAACAAAAGAAACAAAAAUAUCAGAAGAAAGAAAAGAAAAAAGAAAAAAAUAAGUCAAAAAGGGGGAAACACCACAAAAAGGAAAAAAAGAAGAGAAAAAAGGAAAAGCAUUCUUCCACCCCUAAUCCUUCUGAGAUCUGCAAAAAGUAACUGAAUCUUCAGCCUAAGCCAUUAAAUUUUAAAAUUUGGUUUUAGAAAUUAUUUGACCUUCCUUGGAAUUUGCUAUAUAAUCAUGCUUUGCAAUAAAUCACAGCCUUUUCCAUAUAGA